AUGUUGCAGAUCACAGCUGAAGAGAUAAAUUUUAUCAUCUACCAGUACCUGCAAGAGUCAGGAUUUUCUCACUCAGCCUACACAUUUGGAAAGGAAUGCAAUAUAAUUGAGAACAAGUUUAAGCAUUAUCAUAUUCCAGCAGCAAUGCUAGUGGUAUUCCUGGAGAAAGCCCUGACCCUUAUACACAUCGAGACUCAUUACAACGAAGGUGAUGAUAUGGUUGCCUGAAACGAACCAUUCACAUUACUUAACCCUCAUCAUUGAUCCACUGUAAUCAGGGAACCAAAAGCUGUAAUGAAUGGUUCUGUCGGAAGCAAAGGAAGUCUAGGUCAGAACCCUAUUGAAGGAAUCCUUAAUAACUCAGAAGGCAACACAAAGAAAAGUAAUGACCAAGAUCAGGAGAUGGAAGAUGACUCAAAGAAACAAGAACUGAAGCCUCCCGACUCAAAAAUGGCUUUGAAUAACCAAGAUAGCGUAUAUGGAGCGACUCACUUACAAAAAUCCUCUUUCUUACAAAACUACGAAUCUAGAGUAAGGAUUUUGGUGACAAAGAGCACAAAGACACUGAAAGUAGCCUGGAACCCAAAAAGACACAUGCUUGCCUUUGGUGGAGACAAUGAGUUUUCCUCCCUGUGGAAUAUAGGAGAUAAUGUCUCAGAAGCUGAAGAAAUCUCGACUCUCCCACAUGUAGCUCCUGAUCUUCCAAGCAUGGCAAUGAUGCACACCCUCACAACGAUCAACUCGAUUGAUUGGAAACCAGAUGGGAACUCAUUCAUUACAGGUUCAAGUGAUGGCAUCUGAAGAAUGUGGGAUACUUCUGGAAGCGUCAACGCAGUUAUGUUCAACGAAGAUUCAAUGGUUCUCAGCCAAAAAGCAGGAACCUCUUUCCCUAGAGAACAACCCAAGAAGGCACAGGUUUUGCCCAACGAUGUUGACUCUAUUUUCGAUUGAAAAUGGAAUAAAGAUGGAAGCGCACUAGUCUCAGUCAGUGAGAAAAAUAAUGUGAUUCUUUGGAACCCAGAAGGCAAACUCAGAGCUUCAUAUCAAGGUCAUACAGAUUCUGUCACCACCAUCGACUGGAAGAACAACAAUAUGUUUGCAACAGGAUCCCAAGAUGGAGUUAUAAAAGUUUGGGAUGUUCAAAGUUCAACAGCACAGAAAACUUUAAAUUACCAUGAAAGUGGAAUCAAGUGAUUGCAAUGGGACCCAACAGGAGCAUUUCUAGCAUCUGGGUCAGAGGAUUGUACCAUUCAGAUAUGGAAUAACAAGCACGACAAGAUAGUUGUCUCCUUCAACGACCACAAGGAAAUGAUUCAUAACCUCAAAUGGAGCCCAACAGGAUAUGGCUCUAGCUUACCUAAUGCAGAAUUGAGGUUAGCUUCAGGAUCAGCAGAUGGAACUGUCAAGAUAUGGAGUCUAGCAGAAAAUAAACUAGUUGAUACCCUCACAGGUCACACAGGUAUGGUAAUGUGCUUAGAUUUUGACCCUACCUAUACUUACCUUACAAGCGGAGAUGACUCAGGAAGGGUCAUAAUCUGGUCAGUGAAAGAUGGAACCAUCGUGAAAACUUUCGAAAGCCAGACAAAGAAUUGAAUAUUUGAUACCAAAUGGAGCCAUGACGGGCAAAUGCUAGCAAUAUGUGAUAAAGAUGUAUCAGUGAUAGAUAUCCGAUACAUGUAG